UCUGAGAUACUGGUUCUAAUUCCUUUAGUUCCAUGAACCAUGCUUUGUCCACAGCAAUUGUUCACUUUGUUUAUGUCCAAAGGGAAUCUUAGCUAUAUAUAUAUUUAAAUUAAAUUUUCAUAUUCCUUACCUCCCAACUAUUCUUGAAAAAAAUAAGAGAAACAAAACUGCUAUUACAAACAUGUGCAACUCAUCUUUUAGAUGGUAAAAUCAUGAACCAUGAUCAUGGAAACAGUUCCUGUAACUCAAAACCAAAUGAAUAACCCUAUACCAUCCAACUUGAAAUCAGAAGCAAAAAAAGCUGCCAAAAUAUUGAGAGAAUUCACAGAAAUAACUUCCAGAAAUGGACCUGAUAAGAUCAUUCCUGCCCAUGUAAUUGCCAAGGCUAAAGGUCUUGCCAUCCUCUCAGUGAUAAAAGCUGGAUUUCUGGUUACCGCUCGAGGUGGCAGUGGGAUUGUACUGGCUCGCCUUCCAGAUGGAAAAUGGUCUGCCCCUUCUGCCAUUGGAAUAGCUGGACUUGGUGGUGGAUUCGAAAUUGGGAUUGAGGUGUCAGAUUUAGUCAUUAUAUUGAAUUAUGAUAGAGCAGUGGAAGCUUUUGCAAAAGGUGGUAACCUUACACUUGGUGGAAAUUUUACUGUAGCUGUUGGGCCUUUGGGAAGGAAUUUAGAAGGAAAUGUUGCAAUCCGAAGCUCGGCUGCUGUCUACACAUAUUGCAAGUCACGAGGUUUGUUUGCUGGGGUAUCUUUAGAAGGAAGCUACUUGAUUGAAAGAAAAGAAACUAAUCGAAAGUUUUACUGUCAGGAUGUUCGUGCCAGUGACAUUUUAUUUGGAGACAUGCCACAGCCGGCUCAAGCAGAAGAUCUUUAUGAAAUUCUUGACUCAUUUAUUGAAAAAUAUGAAAAUGAAGAGCAACGAAUUAAUGCAAGGAAAGCAGCAAGGGAACAGAGGAAGGCUAAAGACAUACCUGUCAGACCAUCCUCCAGGCCAAAGAAAACACCUGCAUCUCUCCAGUCAAACUCCGACUCACAAGGUAGCAGAACUGCCCACAAACUUUAUCCUGAACUUCCCUGUUAUCCAGACACUGGUGGUAAUUCAAGUCAGCCAGUAGAAGUAACAGCACUAUAUUCUUUUGAAGGGCAGCAACCAGGGGAUUUGAAAUUCAAAGCUGGAGACCGGAUCACAGUAAUAUCCAAAACAAAAUCGCAUUUUGAUUGGUGGGAAGGAAGUCUUCGAGGUCAAACUGGCAUUUUUCCAGCCAAUUACGUUUCACUGGAUUAAGCAUUAUUCAUUUCUCUUUUCUUUAAUAAAAUUAAUAAAUAAAAAGAUGCCACUAUCAUGCUA